AUGGCGCCGCCGCAGGCCCCUCUGCAGGUCGGAUCUGUCGAGUUCUCCUGGUGUUCCCACCCCGGCCCGCCACCACCACCGGUCGCCGGUCGCCGGAGAGGACGCCACCACCACCACCACCAUGGCACCCCCGUGCUGUCUAGAGUCGUCAAGCACCAGAGCAACACCGUUUGUGAAAUUCUCCAGAUGGAGCGCCUGGACCCUGUCUCCAAGCGUGAGGCCAAGAAGGCCAGCCACAAGGCGAAUGUGGAGCGCCGCAUAAAGCCUGCACCCCCAACCAGCGACCAGAAGGAGGCUGAGAAGCGCAGGCUAGAUGAGAGGAAGCAGGAGCGGUACGCCAUCGGGCUUGCCAGGGUGGCCAAGAAACAUGCUGCAAAGUCCGCCAAGACAAUUGCUGAAAAGGAGGACAAGCGCCGGCGUAAGCUUGCCAGAGCAGCGCGUCGGGCUAAUGGUGCUCCUGCAGCCCCCGCUCCUCAGCCUGCAGCUGCAGCUGCAGUUCCCGCCCCGCCAACUCUGUUGUUGGCGCAUAUUGGGGUGCUGUUGCUGGAGUGUAUGUAGGCAUGGAGUAUGGAGUGGAAAGGGUCCGCGGAGAGUAUGGCUGG